AUGGAGAAGACCCCCAGCUACUUCGUCACCAAGGAGGCCCCGGCGCGCAUCUCCUCCAUGUGCAAGGGCACCAAGCUGAUCGUGGUGGUGCGGGACCCCGUGACCAGAGCCAUCUCGGACUACACCCAGACGCUCUCCAAGAAACCUGACAUCCCCACCUUCGAGAGCCUGACCUUCAAAAACAGGACUACGGGCCUGAUUGACACCUCGUGGAGCGCCAUCCAGAUCGGCAUCUACGCCAAGCACCUGGAGAACUGGCUCCUCCACUUCCCCAUCGGGCAGAUCCUCUUUGUCAGCGGGGAGAGGCUGAUCAGCGACCCUGCGGGGGAGCUGGGCAGGGUCCAGGACUUUCUGGGCCUCAAGAGGAUCAUCACCGACAAACACUUCUACUUUAACAAAACCAAGGGCUUCCCGUGCCUGAAGAAGGCAGAGGGCAGCAGCAAACCCCACUGCCUGGGGAAGACGAAGGGCAGGACCCACCCUGACAUCGACCAGGAGGUGGUGCAGAGGCUGCGGGACUUCUACCGGCCCUUCAACAUGAAGUUCUACCAGAUGACAGGGCAGGACUUCGGCUGGGACUGAGCCUGG